ACUCCAUGCCGGAAGCUCAUCCUUUGUGCUGAUAACAGAAAAGAGAUGGAAGAUUGGAUUGCAGCACUGAAAACUGUACAAAACCGUGAACAUUUUGAGUCUACCCAGUACAGCAUGGACCAUUUCUCAGGGAUGCAUAACUGGUACGCCUGCUCACAUGCUCGGCCAACCUACUGCAACGUCUGUCGGGAGGCGUUAUCUGGAGUCACGUCACAUGGGCUCUCCUGUGAAGUGUGCAAGUUUAAAGCCCACAAGCGGUGUGCUGUGCGGGCAACCAAUAACUGCAAGUGGACAACUCUGGCCUCUAUCGGAAAGGAUAUCAUUGAAGAUGAAGAUGGGAUCUCGAUGCCACAUCAGUGGUUGGAAGGAAACUUGCCUGUGAGUGCCAAGUGCACCGUCUGUGACAAGACCUGUGGCAGUGUCCUGCGUUUGCAAGACUGGCGCUGCCUUUGGUGCAAAGCCAUGGUACACACAGCAUGUAAAGAGUUGUUGCCAAGCAAGUGCCCUCUUGGGCUAUGCAAGGUAUCUGUCAUUCCUCCUACUGCUCUUAACAGCAUUGAUUCUGAUGGUUUCUGGAAAGCUACUUGUCCCCCUUCUUGCACAAGCCCUUUGUUGGUCUUUGUCAACUCAAAAAGUGGAGACAACCAAGGUGUGAAAUUUCUACGAAGAUUCAAACAGCUACUGAAUCCAGCCCAGGUCUUUGACCUCAUGAAUGGAGGACCUCACCUUGGUUUACGCUUAUUCCAGAAAUUUGACACUUUCCGGAUUCUAGUUUGCGGUGGGGACGGAAGUGUUGGCUGGGUUCUCUCCGAAAUUGAUAGCCUCAAUCUUCACAAGCAGUGCCAGCUGGGAGUCCUACCCUUGGGAACAGGGAAUGACCUUGCCCGAGUGUUAGGCUGGGGAUCUGCUUGUGAUGAUGAUACCCAGCUCCCACAGAUCCUGGAGAAGCUGGAGAGGGCCAGUACCAAAAUGCUGGACAGGUGGAGCAUCAUGGUGUAUGAAACCAAACUCCCUCGCCAGGCCUCAACCUCCACAGUCACUGAAGAUUUCAGUGAGGAUUCUGAGGUGCAAAAGAUUCUCUUCUAUGAAGACUCUGUGGCUGCUCAUUUGUCCAAAAUUUUGACUUCUGACCAACACUCAGUGGUCAUCUCCUCAGCCAAGGUGCUUUGUGAGACAGUCAAGGAUUUUGUGGCUCGCGGAGGGAAAACAGAAAGCUCAGAGGAAUCAGAGGUCAUGGCCAGGAAGUGCUCUGUUCUGAAGGAGAAGCUGGACUCAUUGCUGAAGACACUGAAUGAUGAAUCUCAAGCAUCUUCAUCUCUGCCAAACCCUCCUCCCACCAUUGCAGAGGAAACUGAAGAUGGUGAUGGGUCAGGCGGUGCUUGUGAUUCUUCUAGCGACCGGUCGGUGGGCUCGUCAUGUACUGCACGGCCCCAGAUAUUUCGUCCUCGAGAACAGCUCAUGUUGAGAGCCAACAGCUUGAAAAAAGCCAUUCGUCAGAUUAUAGAGCAUGCAGAGAAAGCUGUAGAUGAGCAGAACGCCCAGACCCAGGAGCAAGAGGGCUUCCUCCUUAGUCUGUCAGCCUCUGAAGAGGGUAAGGAGCUAAGGAAUGAGAAUAAAAUCUCCCUGCAGUCAUCACACAGCGGCAGCUAUAGAGUGUCCAAAGGGAGGAGUCAGCGGAAAGCAUCCAAGUCUCCUUGUGAAAGAUUAAUAAACAAAGGAAGUUUGUCGCUGGGCAGCUCUGCAUCUCUUCCUCCCCAGACAGGAAACCGGGACAACUUGCCAAUGCUGAACACAAAAAUCCUCUACCCAAAUAUCCGUGCUGGUAUGUCUGGUUCUUUGCCUGGGAGCUCUGUCAUCAGCCGGUUGUUGAUUCAUGCUGAUCCCUUUAACUCUGAGCCUGAAAAUCUUGAAUGUUACACAGAGAAGUGUGUCAUGAAUAAUUACUUUGGAAUUGGACUGGAUGCAAAGAUUUCUUUGGACUUCAACAAUAAACGUGAUGAGCACCCGGAGAAAUGCAGAAGUCGUACUAAAAACAUGAUGUGGUACGGAGUAUUGGGGACCAAGGAGUUGCUACACAGAACAUAUAAAAACCUGGAGCAGAAAGUCUUGCUGGAGUGCGAUGGGAGGCCAAUUCCUUUGCCCAGUCUCCAGGGGAUCGCCGUACUCAACAUUCCCAGCUAUGCAGGAGGCACCAACUUCUGGGGUGGAACCAAGGAAGAUGAUACAUUUACAGCCCCCUCCUUUGACGACAAGAUUUUGGAGGUGGUAGCAGUGUUUGGUAGCAUGCAGAUGGCGGUGUCACGAGUGAUAAACCUACAGCAUCACCGGAUUGCACAGUGUCGGACGGUGAAGAUAGCAAUUCUUGGAGAGGAGGGAGUUCCUGUGCAAGUGGAUGGAGAAGCCUGGAUCCAGCCUCCCGGUUACAUUUGGAUCGUUCAUAAGAACCGGGCACAAACCCUCACCCGAGACAGGGCAUUUGAGAGCACCCUGAAGUCAUGGGAGGACAAACAGAAGUGUGAGUUGGCUCGACCCUCCUCUUUCUCUCUACAACCAGAGAUCAUGUCUGAAGAAGAAUCCACCCAGAUCAACCAGUUUGGUCAAGCUGCAGGUGCUCUGAUUCACAGCAUUCGGGAAAUAGCCCAAUCCUAUCAGGACAUGGAACAGGAGCUUGCCCAUGCUGUCAAUGCCAGCUCCAAGUCUAUGGACAAAGUCUACGCUAAAUCCAAGUCUACAGAGGGUCUGAACUGCAGCCUUGUUGUAGAGAUGGUGAAUAAUGUCAAAGCCCUGCAUAAUGAGACAGAGCUGCUGCUGGCCGGCAAGAUGGCACUGCAAUUAGAUCCUCCGCAGAAGGAGCAGCUCCAAGCAGCCCUGGCAGACAUGGACCUCCAGCUGAGGAAACUAGCAGACAUCCCUUGGCUGUGGCAGCUUGUGGAGCCUUGCGAUGAGGAGAACCAGAUGCUGGAUUAUUCCAAACGCAGUCGCAGUGGCAAAUUCCGGCUGGUGACCAAGUUUAAAAAGGAGAAGAACAACAAAAAUAAGGAGGCUCAUAGUACCAUGGGAUUGCCGGUUCACCUCUGGGGAACGGAGGAGGUUGCGGCCUGGCUUGAGCAUCUCAGUCUUUGUGAGUAUAAGGAUAUCUUCAUCCGGCAUGACGUCCGGGGCUCUGAGCUCCUGCACCUCGAACGGAGGGACCUCAAGGAUCUGGGUGUGACCAAAGUGGGUCACAUGAAGAGGAUACUGCACGGAAUCAAGGAGCUGAGCCGGAGUACUCCUGCCAGCGAGGUUUAG